CUGAAUCACUCCACCAAAUCCAUCAACCUCAGAAAACCUAACACUCGAAAACCUCCAUGGAUUCAGAUUUCGGGAUCCCCAGAGAGCUCUCUCCUCUCCAGCAACUCCGUUCUCAGUACCAGCCCGAGCUUCCUCCUUGCCUCCAGGGGACUACUGUCCGGGUGGAAUUCGGUGAUGGAGCCACUGUGUCCGAGGCUGCCGAUGCUCACGUCGUCUCACGUGCCUUCCCGCACACCUACAGUCAGCCGUUGGCUCACUUCCUCCGAGCAACUGCUAAAGUUCCCGAUGCUCAGAUCAUUACCGAGCAUCCGGCAAUUAGGGUCGGAGUUGUGUUUUGUGGAAGGCAAUCUCCUGGUGGGCAUAAUGUAAUUUGGGGCCUUUACGAGGCUCUUCAGGUUCACAACCCAAAGAGCAAUUUGCUAGGUUUCGUGGGCGGUUCUGAAGGUCUAUUUGCCAAAAAGACCCUGGAAAUCACAGAUGAUAUCCUCCAAACCUACAAAAACCAAGGUGGAUAUGAUUUGCUUGGAAGAACCAAAGAUCAGAUCAGAACAACUGAGCAGGUUAAUGCUGCACUAGCGGCUUGCACAGAGUUGAAAUUGGACGGCCUUGUAAUCAUUGGAGGUGUAACGUCAAACACAGAUGCAGCUUAUCUGGCUGAAUUUUUCGCUGAAGCAAAAUGUCCAACAAAGGUGGUUGGUGUUCCUGUUACUAUUAAUGGGGAUCUCAAGAAUCAAUUUGUGGAAACAAAUGUUGGCUUUGAUACCAUAUGCAAGGUAAAUUCUCAGCUCAUCAGCAAUGUCUGCACUGAUGCCCUCUCUGCAGAGAAGUAUUAUUACUUCAUCCGUCUCAUGGGCAGGAAGCACUCUCAUGUUGCUCUUGAAUGUACCCUCCAGUCUCAUCCAAACAUGUUGAUUUUGGGUGAGGAGGUUGCAGCCUCUAAGCUCACACUUUUUGACAUCGCAAAACAGAUCUGUGAUGCUGUUCAAGCAAGAGCAGGAGAUGAAAAGAACCAUGGCGUCAUCCUGAUCCCAGAAGGGUUGAUAGAAAGUAUUCCGGAAGUGUAUGCUUUGCUGAAGGAAAUUCAUGGGCUGCUUAGACAUGGUGUCUCUGCUGAUAAAAUUUCUUCUCAACUCUCACCCUGGUCGUCUGCGUUGUUCGAAUUUCUACCUCCAUUCAUCAAGAAACAGCUGCUGCUUCGUCCCGAGUCUGAUGAUUCUGCUCAGCUAUCACAGAUCGAGACGGAGAAACUUCUUGCGUAUCUCGUGGAGAAUGAAAUGAACAAGCGCCUGAAAGAGGGCACAUACAAGGGGAAGAAAUUCAAUGCUAUCUGCCAUUUUUUCGGUUACCAAGCUCGUGGAUCUCUGCCAUCAAAAUUCGACUGUGAUUAUGCCUAUGUUCUUGGGCAUAUAUGUUACCAUAUCCUUGCAGCUGGUUUGAAUGGUUACAUGGCAACUGUGACUAACCUGAAGAGUCCUUCCAACAAGUGGAAGUGUGGAGCUGCACCUAUGACGGCAAUGAUGACGGUGAAGCGUUGGUCCCAAAACGCGGGUUCUGCUUCGAUAGGAAGGCCAGCCAUUCAUCCGGCUACAGUUGACCUGAGAGGAAAAGCGUACGAGCUGUUGAGACAGAACGCAGAGAGAUUCAUGAAGGAUGAUCUGUACAGAAACCCGGGUCCGCUUCAGUAUGACGGACCUGGUUCGGAUUCGAAGGCGGUGAGCCUGUGUGUGGAAGACCAAGACUACAUGGGGCGUAUCAAGAAACUUCAGGAGUACCUCGACCAGGUGAGGACGAUAGUGAAGCCGGGGUGCUCGCAGGACGUACUGAAAGCGGCUCUGAGCGUGAUGGCGUCGGUGACUGAUGUUCUCUCCACUAUGUCUUCUUCUUCUUAAUCCCCCCACAAUCCGAUUAGCACCUCUCUCUCUCUCAUAUCUUUUUUUCAUUUACAAAAAAAACAAUCAUAUAGUUUUGGUUUUUUUUUUAUUUAUUUUUGCAUAAAAACUCAUUUUGGUUUUGUCUUGUCCCAAUUUUUUGUUCUGACUUUUUCUUUUUCUGCAUGUAACAUUACAGAACAAGCGGUGUGUUUUUUUUUUUUGGCUAUGUAAGAGCAGUGUGUGCUAAUUUCGUUUCGCUUUUUUUUUUAUACAUACAUAGAGAGAGAAAAAUUGUUGGUUUAGAUUA